AUGAGCACAUUGAUGCUUUUAUCAGCGUCGAUGAUGGUCCUGGCGUAUACCACACCAAUAGGGCCGGACCCAACGAUCAGCACAUCGGCCUCUAAGGCUCAUCGUCCAUCGACUUCGUUCCUGCUUGACAGGGUAGCCUUGGUAUCUCUCUUUGCUGAACGGCCUGAGCUCUACCCUGGUCUCUUUAAUCGGCCAAACACCCAAUUUAUCAGUGCAAAAGCAACAAGUAUAGUCGUGGUCGAUGAAGGAUCCAAGUCGUACGAACAAGUCGCCUCCAAACUAUUGGAGAGUUCCGCCUUCCGUCGCCUGAGGCCGGAGUCUACCAACGCCGUUUUCGUUCGAGAUACAGAGUUUCUCCAUUUCAAGGACACGUUUAGUACCCUCUCCGUGGAUCCGGGCCCCGAACCCGCCCUCGCAAAGACUCUGGAUCAGAUCGAAGCGUUGUCGCGACUUUCCCCGGCCGUGUAUUCGAUUGCGCUUUCAGCAAUGUUAGGUCGGACAAAAGAGGUUGAUAUCAAUACUGUUUUUGAUAUGGCCGAUAGUGCCAGUGUAUUACUGGUCAUAUCGUACCGAUCGAUCGACCAAGUAAUUGAGGCUUUAAAUGACCUUAAGCAACCGCCAAAAUUCUUAACAUUUCUGGCCCCGAACACCAAAGAAAACAGUGACUACUUCGAAAAGUGGACGAAGAGCGAGUUCUUCUCCCUGGGCUCCGUUUGCCCUGCAGUCCCUUACGGUAAGUUCCAGACUGCGUACAAACCGUCUUAG